GACUAUGGGCCAAAGAAACUCUACUUCUCUGCAUGAUUUCAUUCUGCUGGGCUUCUCUGACCAUCCCAAACUGGAGAUGGCCCUGUCAGGAGUUGUCGCCACCUUCUACUUGAUCACACUGGUCGGUAACACAGCCAUCAUUCUUGCGUCUCUCCUGGACUCCCACCUCCACACACCAAUGUACUUCUUCCUCCGGAAUUUAUCUUUCCUAGACCUAUGUUUCACAACCAGCAUCGUCCCUCAGAUGCUGGUUAACUUGUGGGGGCCUCAUAAGACCAUCAGCUAUGGGGGCUGUGUCAUUCAGCUCUAUGUUUAUAUGUGGUUGGGCUCCAUCGAGUGCCUUCUCCUAGCUGUUAUGUCCUACGAUCGUUUUACAGCUAUUUGUAAGCCCCUCCAUUAUUUGGUAAUCAUGAACCCACAUUUAUGUCUCAAGAUGAUUAUCAUGGUCUGGAGCAUUAGUUUGGCCAAUUCUGUUGUACUAUGUACACUCACUCUGAAUCUGCCUAGAUGUGGAAACAACCUUCUGGAUCAUUUCUUGUGUGAGUUGCCAGCUAUGCUCAAGAUAGCUUGUAUAGACACCACAGCAGUUGAAUUGUCUGUUUUUGCUUUAGGCAUCGCCAUUGUCCUUACACCACUCAUCCUUAUUCUUAUAUCCUAUGGCUACAUUGCCAAAGCUGUGCUGAGAAUGAAGUCAAGGGCAGGCCAGCGGAAAGCAAUCAAUACCUGUGGAUCUCAUCUUACCGUGGUGUCUAUCUUCUACGGAACUAUUAUCUACAUGUACCUGCAACCAGGUAACAGUGCCUCCAAAGAUCAGGGUAAGUUUCUCACCCUCUUUUACACCAUCAUCACACCAAGUCUCAACCCUCUCAUUUACACUUUAAGGAAUAAAGACAUGAAGGAGGCACUGAAGAAGCUGAUGACAGUUGACCACAAAUUUACAAAAUCAAAGAGGAACUGGAAGUCAUAG